UUGAAAUAUUUUUAUAACUAUGUAACGAAGCCUACACCCAUGACGAGUCUGUCGCCUUGGAAACAGACAAUCAUGUCCUGGUUGCCAAACAAGAAAAUGACGAUGCGACAGUUUCCAACGAAAUAGAUGACUACGCUCAGAUUACAUAACAAGAAAAAGACAACUCUGCUACCGGUGCAGAAUUUUCCAUGGAAAUUGAUGGACAAAUCCAGCAGAAACACCAUAAUGAAUCUACUAUAGUUUCCAUGGAGAUCGAUGAUCAUUCCAUGCAGAUUACCAAUAUAACAGAUGAUCAGUGCCAUGUUUGCUUUGGGGAGGUAUCGGGGGCACAUAUGUGCGCAUCAUGUCAUCGUGCUGUCCAUAUAUUUUGCGGUGUUGGAAUAGGGCCAGAAGGCUAUGGGCAAGAAGUAAGGUGUUUCAAAUGCCAGAAUACGGAUAAUUUACUUCAUCCAAACGAAACUGGCCCAGGUCCUAAUUCUAAAAUUGAGGAAGAGAGCCAAAGUUCCAGUGACGAGUAUGUACCUAGCACAGAUGAAGAAGACAAAGAUUCUGAGUCUGAAGAUGACGAUGAGUAUGCAUUUAAAGAUGGAACAGACAAGUCCCUAAUAAGAACUGACAGCAGCGCUAGUGAAGCAAUCAAGAAAUCUGGAGUGUAUAUAAUGUCAAGCAGUGAAAAAGAUGGAAGAAGAGUAUACGACAAAAAAAAUGCCUGCUACUUUUGUGAGAAGGAAUUUGGCAAGCUUGGUCGACAUCUCUUCCAAGUCCAUAAAAAUGAAAAAGAAGUGGCAGAAAUUGUAGCUCUCGAAAAAAACGACAGAACGCGCCAGUUGGUACUGGACAAAUUGUGUCGCCUUGGUAAUUUUAACCACAACUUGAAAGUGUUGGAGGUUCAUGAAGGUGAACUAAAGGUAAUGCGGAGACCAGGAGAAAACGAAGAUAAAGACCCCUCCAAUUACUUGCCCUGUCAGUUUUGUCAUGGUUUCUUCCAGAAAAAGGAUCUAUACCGACACUGCCCAAAAUGUCCUUUCGCUCAAGAAAUAAACCACACCAUGAAAUCCAAGAAGCUGCAGCAUGCGGGAAGAUUGUUGUUGGCAGCAAAUAAAUUUCCAUCCGGUGCUAGUCAACAACUAUCAGAUAACGUCUUGGCAAUAAUGGCGAUGGAUGAUGUCAGUGCUGUAGUCAGAACUGAUGAAACAAUCCUAAGGGUGGGCUCCACACUAAUAGAGAAACGCGGCAAUGAAAAAGCUGUGGAAGUUUCACAACAAAUGCGUAUUCUUGCCCGAUUGCUCAUAAAGGUUAGAGAGUUAUGUUGUGUUCCAACUUUAUCGCUUGAGAAGAGUUUGACGCCAGCACAAUUUGAUAACCAUCUUGCCAGCGCAAGAUAUCUUGGUGGAUACACAGGAGCACCGAACACCAGUGCGGAUCGUUUCAAAUCCCCGUCGACAGCUGCCAAAUGCGGAUAUGCCUUAAAAAAAGCGGCGUAUGUAGUAAAAGGCCAGGCAUUGCGAAGAAAAGACAUGGAAGCAAAAAACGACGUCGAUCUGUUCCUAGAGCUGUACGAGGGAGAAUGGAGCGCCAAAGUAACAUCUCAAGCCCUGGAUAAUUUGUCAUUUAAAAAACACAACAAGCCACAACUCCUGCCAAUAACAAACGACCUACUAGCCCUGCGAACUUUCCUCAACGAGCAGAUUUUGGAACUUAGCGAGGAUGUGAAGAAAAACCCUAUGCAAGAAAAUUGGAGGAAACUUGCUAAUUCAGCCUUAGCAAGACUGAUUAUGUUCAAUAAACGGAGAGGUGGGGAGGCUUCUCGAAUGAAACUCGAUGCUUUCCAAGGGAGGCCUUUGUGGGGCAACAUUCACAACGAGGAAAUAGUUUCUGCCCUUUCAGCCACUGAAAGAGAACUCUGCAAACGGUUUGACAUGGUGGAAAUUCUUGGAAAACGAAACAGAAAAGUUCCCGUGUUGCUGACACCUGAUGUAAAAGCUGCCAUACUUGUCUUGAACAGGACAAGGGAAGAUGGGAAUGUGAACGAAGAAAAUCCCUAUGUUUUCGCAGUGAAUGACGGAAGUUCAAAACAGUUUUUACGAGGGAACGAUGUUAUACGUCAGGCAUGUAAAAUGGUUGAUCUUAAAAAUCCCGACGUGAUUACUUCAACCAACCUCCGAAAGUAUGUGGCAACUGUGUCGCAGCUCGUUGACAUGGAUCAAAAUGAAUUGGGAUGGCUGGCAACUCAUCUUGGUCACGACGUGCACAUCCAUAAAGAGUUCUACAGGAUGCAAGAAAGCACACUUGAGAUGGCAGUAGUUGGUAACCUCUUAAUGGCCAUCGAUGAAGGGAGGGCACACGAAUUUAAAGGGAAAAACCUGCGGGACAUUACACUUCAAGACUUUCACAAUACUCAGAGUGAAGAGGAUGCCGAGUCUGAGUUAGAUAAAGGUAAAUAUUUCUAA